UCCCAAAAAGGGGGGGCCAAGGCAGCCGGGUGUGUAAACAAGUAGAACGAGAUCUAUAAGUAAGCUUUGCAGGGAGGCCGCAGAGAGGCAGGUGGGGCACUACACCAUCCCGGUGCUCUGAACACCUCCACAGUCCUUGGUGAAAACCUCGCGUUCAGGAUAACAUUGCAGAUGUCGGGCACAGCAAGACAUGACCGAGACAUGGUAAUACAGGCUAAAAGAAGCCUGUUGGGAGCUACUGACCCAGUCGAAAAGCUGCGAUUGUUGUGUUUAGCGAGGGGAUCUGCUGGCAUCAAAGGACUUGGAAGAGUAUUUCGAAUGAUGGAUGUUGAGAAUAGCAGAACCCUUGAUUUUGAAGAAUUUAUGAGGGGAUUAAAAGUGUACGCGAUCACACUUGACAAGGAAGAAGCACAAAAGGUUUUCCAUAUAUUUGAUAAAAAUGGCAAUGGAACAAUUGACUUUGAUGAAUUUCUUGUUACACUGAGACCUCCCAUGUCGAAUGCAAGGAAAGAAAUAAUAAUGCAAGCAUUUCAAAAAUUAGAUAAGACCGGAGAUGGUGUCAUAACAAUCGAAGACUUACGAGAAGUAUACAAUCCAAAACACCAUCCCAAAUAUUUAAAUGGAGACUGGACAGAAGAACAAGUUUUUAGAGCCUUUCUGGAUAAUUUUGAUUCACCCUAUGACAAAGAUGGGAAGGUCACAACGGAAGAAUUCAUGAACUACUAUGCAGGAGUCAGCGCUUCAAUUGAUUCGGAUAUCUACUUUAUCAUCAUGAUGAAGACUGCUUGGAAACUCUGAUAAUAUGGUUAAAGAAGCAAAACUUGACUUCCACCUUCAGGGUUUAUGACCAAGCUGUGACUUCUGGGAAGUAUAGAGCUUGUAACUUGUCCACCAGAUGAAAAUUCUCGAGAUAUCUUUGCUUUUCAGUUCUUUUUCUGAUGCUGAAUAAAGAUUGGAAACCUGU